AUGGACCUACACUGUUUGGAUACCGCUGCUGCACGGUUCAUGUUGGCUCGCUUGUUUUUAGUUUACCGCGGGCAGAUCGACCUUGACCGGGUGCGCCACGCUUUCCAUCUACUCCUGACCUCCUGGCCGAUUCUCCAUACCAAGGUCAACCUCCUGCGCACGUCUCUCAAUCCAGUUCACGACCCAGAACAUGAUUCAGUACCAUUUCACUUCAGAACCAUCGACACCAAGCUGUCCGAUUACAUUACCGAGCCUUUAGGGACGGGAGAACUUUCAUCUCAGCGGUGGAAAGCACUUCACGAUUUGUUGCGAUUCCCUAAUUCACUUUCCUCUCUGGUUUUCUCACCCGCACUGGUCGUCAAGGCCGUCCAGCUACAAGAUGCAUGCCUGGUGGAAUUGGUGUUCCAGCAUGGCCUGUGCGAUGCCAGCGCGGAGUAA